UUAGCACAGCCAAAACCAGCGUUGGUGUACGUAUGCAUGUACAAUAAGAAACAAUUAUGAUUAUUCAAAUCUUCAUUUACAAAGCUUGGUACAUUUCUGUUUGAGCUUUUAACGCGUACCAACAACGCAGUUUUUUUUCAAUGCGUAUGACUAACAGAUAGAACUUGCUUUUGCCUAACAGUAUGUCAAAUUUCACAGUCCAAGUAUCAAAUUUUCAAGACCAGGAUAAAAUCAACCCUAGACCGAAUGAGAAAACAGAAUCGGAGUAUCUUUUGGAAGAGUUUUUAUCGCCAUGGAGACUCAAAGAAAUUACCGGGGAGUCAAACCUCGAAGACGCCUCUUCGCUUCAAAUGGUCGUCGACACCACCGAAAACAGUCUCGGAAAUUUUGGUCAUUAUUUGCCAAACUUGACCCAACUUGACCUUUCCAACUCAGUUUUGACCUCUAUUCGAGACCUGGGCUCGUCUUUAGCCAAGUUAGAAGUUUUAUGGCUGACCAAAUGUCAACUUGUAGAUCUUGACGGCAUUCCGACUUUUGCUAAUUUGACGGAGUUAUACUUGUCUUAUAACCAUAUUAAUAAUAUAAGCGAUCUGAGUAUGAUGGAAAAUCUAAGAACCCUCGAUUUGGAGGCAAAUGACAUCGACGAUAUCGACCAGAUCAUUUUCCUCGAAGUCUGCGGAAAUCUUCUGAAUUUAUGUCUUCAACACAAUCCGAUCUGCUCCACGCCAAAACCAAUGCUUCCUUUUGAUCCAGAUUACAAUUACAGAUCAGCUGUGAUCAAAAUGUUGCCGCAACUCAAAAACUUAGAUGACAUUCCAGUUUCCGACAAAACUCAAGAUUUCACAAAUCUGGACGAAGAUUUACAACUUCUGACAGAAAACAUUAAGUUUGGAUUAAUAUCCGAGGGCGAGGACUCGGAUCGGCCCGGAAGCUCAACCGGAAAACGUCCCGGCAGCGCGUUGUCAAAGCGUCCCGGAACUGCAAUGAGACCACGCAGUGCUAUGCCGUCGAUGUUAUUUGGAAAAAGUAGCUUUGGGGUUCGACCGGGAACAGCGGCGAGAUUCGACCGGCCACCGACCGCCGCCGAGAAAGCUUUUUUCCAAUUGCCGACGGCGAGACCCGGAACAGGUUCGAGUGUCGCAAGCACAGACUCGGCCAUCGACAUGGACGAAUUUAGCAAACUGACUUCCGGAAAUAUUGUCUGCGGAAAUCCUCUUAAAGCAAUCAGAAACAAAAAGAGUGAAAAGCAAAUAAACAAAACUCGAAAUUUGGAAUUAUCAGGAGCUAAUUCUAACGCAAACACAAAACUGCUGGCCAGUGAUGAAACAUUCUCGAACAUUCUAGAAGAACUGAAAGAAUGGAGACAAGAAUUUGAUCAAAAGAAGGACUUGACCAAACUUUCGAUGACAGAGGAAGUUAACGUGUUAACGUUGUCGGCAGACGAGGCCAUUGACGUUUCGGCUAUGGACGAAAACAGCCGAGGUGUGAACGAAAAUGGAAGAGGUGAUAAAGUAAACGCAAUUAAAGACGGACCUAGCAGUCAAAACAGUUUGUCACCCGAGCAUCAUAAACGUUCUAGCGUAAACAUUAGAAGAAGGCAAUACGCUCCCGUCUCGGAAAACCCGAGAAACGAUUCCUCCUAUGAAUUCGUGGGAGAUGAGUCAUACGAAGAUGGCGACAGCGGACUGGCUUCUUCUCGUGAGACCGACACGCCAGCAAGUUUUCUGAACGAGUAUCAACAACGCGGACCUUUCAGGUCCUCGGACCCGAAGCUAAACCCGUCGGUUAACCUUUCGAAGUUGGCGCCGCACCAGAUGUCAAUCAAACCAUCAUUGGUUCCAGUGGCCCUCAAACCCAGCUUGAGUAACAUUGGAUCUGGUAGUUCGCCAGUUAGACCUAAAAUAAAAAAUGCAUCCAGACCAGCCAGAUCGACCAUUGAUCAGAUGGGGAAAAAUAAACCCUCUCUCGUUCCAGCACCGCCUACUGCUCCUCCUCACAAACUAGCCCUGAGUGCCCGACCCAAAAGCGCUAUGACGUCACUCUCUUUUGAAAAGUUUUCAGGCUCUUCGUAGAACUCUCUUUUGAAAAGUUUUCAGGCUCUUUGUAGAAACAUUUUGUUCAAAAUUUGAAUUAUUUUCUGUUUCAUUCACCAGUCAUUUUAAAAUGUAAUACUUUGCUCGUUUCGCUGAAAAACUAUCAUGUAAUUGUUUGAAUUAAAAUUCAAGAUUGAGAA